AUGCCGCCUCUUCAUAAGCGCGAGCCGCGGCCAAGAGGCUCUGCUGCGACCCAAGCUAUUUGCGACGAGACAAAUGAGGAAGUGAUCUGCGUCAUUCCCGCAGCCACUCCGCCAGUUAGGCCCGCAAAAUCCACCAGCCAGUCCAGCAACCAAUCCAGCAGCAAGCCCCGCAAAGUCCAGCAGUCCCGCAAAGUCCAGCAGCUUCCCUCGCCAUCGCCAAGUGAAACCGAUGACAAGUCAGAUGGAGUCUCGGGCUUCAUACCGAGACCAAGAACUCUCCACAAGACAUUUAGCCAAAAUUCCGACACCAUCAUGAUAGGUUAG